AUGUCCGCGACUGGCAAAAACACCAAUGCGGCUUCCACCUCGUCGUUCGUCACGGCCUUGGUGGUUGCCGGUAUAACAGUUGGUGUCUUGACCUCUGUUUGGCUCAUCCUCCAUUCCAAAGGAACACUCAAGAGAGUCUUCCAGCCCAGAGCUUUAUUAGCUCCUGAUGCUAAAAAACCAGCAGCUUUACCUUCUGGUAUAGGCGCGUAUUGGAAAACGAUUCUAUUCCAAACUCCCGAUACCGAUCUCAUCGUAUCCAAUGGUCCAGACGCAUAUUUCUUCUUGCGAUUCAUCAAAGUAUUCGGACUAAAAAUGCUUUUACCUUACUUCCUCUUAUCGUUUGUCAUCUGCAUACCUGCCUCAACAGUUAAACCUAAUCAACAACUGGAAGGAUUAAACAUGUUGUCAUUCGGUAACGUACCUACCACUGGGCAAAAUCGACAUAUCGCACAUUUCAUUUGUUCGUUGCUCUUGAUCGCUUGGACUUUAUAUCUGGUUUGGGGAGAAUACAACCAUUUUGUUCAAAUUAGACAAGCUUGGUUAACCUCACCUCAACAUUUGGCUUUGGCAAGAACGAGAACUGUCGCAGUCACAAAUGUGCCUGAAUCAGUCAACUCUUCAGCAGGUCUUAAAGAAAUCGCUUCUAUCGUAGCAAGAAUCGAUAACUCUACACCAGGAUCAACAGUCCCUUCAGCUCAACCUAGAAUGUCAAAUGCAACUGAAGGUACAGCGAUCAACCCUACAAACGAUGCUGAGGGCGGUGUCAGACAAGUUUGGUUGACUAGGAAAUGUAAAGAUAUCGAAAAAAUAUGGGAAGAAAGAGACAAAGAAUGUACAAGACUCGAAGGCGGCGCAAACAAAUUGAUCAAAUUGGCUAAUACAAACCAAGCCAAAGGUAAAACUCCGGAAGCUAAAGGUCAAUACGAUGCUGAACGAUCUUCUGGUGAUAUCGUCGACCGAUACGUUCUUGCCAAGAAACGACCGUCAUGGAAACAAGGACCUCUGGGACUCUUCGGUAAAAAGCAAGAUCUCGAAUCCUCUCCUCUUUACAUCGCUGAACGAAAUGCCAAGUUGUCUGAUUUGAGAAAGACAAUCGAUGACUUACCUCAAGGAAACACCGCUUUCAUCAGAUUCGCAUCUCAACAUGAAGCUCACGCUUUCGCUCGAUUGGUAGCCAAGACUGACAAAUCAAACAAACUUAUGAAAGCCGGUGUCGAAGUUGUUCCCGAAGACGUACAAUGGUCAAACGUUUCCAUGAGUCCAUACCAACGAAAAAUCAGAAAGGCAAUCUCUUGGGCUUUAACCAUUGGACUUAUCAUUAUUUGGGCUAUCCCAGUUGCUUUCGUCGGUAUCGUCUCCAACAUCGAUUCAAUGUGUCAAAAGGCUUCUUGGUUAGCCUGGAUCUGUUCCAGUGGACCCGUCGUCAAAGGUAUCAUCAAGGGUGUUCUCCCUCCCGUCUUACUUGCUGUCCUCUUCAUGCUUCUACCAAUCAUUUUGAGGAUCAUGGUCCGAUUCCAAGGUGACGUGAGAAAAUCUGAUAUUGAACUUGGGCUUUUCUCUCGAUUCUGGUUGUUCCAAGUCAUCCACGGUUUCUUGAUCGUUACUGUCUCGUCAGGUUUGAUCUCCGCUCUUCAGAACAUCGGCGACACAACCUCAGGUCUUCCAACCAUGUUGGCUACCAACUUGCCCACCGCCUCUAUCUUUUUCCUUACUUUCAUCCUUACCGCUACCUUCUCUUCAGCUGCUAAGACAUACUCUCGAGCUGUACCAUACGUUAUGUACCUUCUCAAAGGUGUAUUGGCCGGUAACACUCCCCGAAAAGUAUACAUGAAAACUUACAAGAUGGAUUCUUUCGCUUGGGCUACCGUCUUCCCCCCUAUCUGUCUAUUGAUCUGUAUCUCAAUCGUCUACUCUGUCAUUCAACCCAUGAUGAACUUGUUGGCUCUCGUCGCUUUCUGUUUACUUUACGCUGCCUACAAAUACACCUUACACUGGUGUGCCGAUCAACCCGAUGCUUCUGAAACCGGAGGAAUGUUCUACAUUAAAGCUCUUCGAACUGUAUUUGUUGCUUUAUACUUGGAAGGUAUCUGUUUAGCCGGUCUCUUCUUCCUGUCCACCGAUGACCAGGGUAAGAGAGCCAAGAGUGGAUUAGGAUGUGGAGCUGUCAUGGUCGCUGUGAUCAUUGGUAUCGCAUUAUUCCAAAUCUACAUUGAUUGGUUCAGAUUCAAAAAGCCAUAUUUGUAUUACGUCCAUUCGACAUCAACUCAUUCGAAAUCAUUACCAAUUGAAUCCAAGAAUGGAGUAACUGAAACUACUUCAAAUGAAGAGUAUGAUAAUGCUGGACCUCAAUAUGGAAACACAUCAGGAUAUCACGCCAAAGCAUUUGAUCACCCUGCUUUAUGGAAGAAACAACCUGUUAUUUGGUUGACGAAUGAUCAGUUAUCAAUCGGAAAUCACUUGAGUGAGAAAAUCAAUGAGAAGAAUGUUGAAGCCUCAACUGAAUUCACUUCAAUGGAUAAUAAACAAAAGAUUCAAGUGGAAAGAUCUCCUCCUGAUGAAGCUUGGUAUGGUGGUUUCACUCAAUAA